AUCAAAACAAACGCGAGCAACACGUUCUCUCGCCACUAGUUCGUUAGUUCGCUACAGUUUGCCGCCAUCGUUCGUGUGCAUUACAUCACGCAUUACGCACUAAUAACACUAACUUCAUCGUCAUAGCAGUUGUUUGUUUUUUUUUUUUUUUAUACAUUUGUAAUUCAUAUUUAUAUAUAUUUUUUAUCGUCGUAAGAUCGCCAGUGUUUCACUUCCAGACGUCGUCAGGAGAUAUUAUUUCUGUUUCAGUCUCAUAAAACCGCAUCGAAAUGGGCUUAGGCACAUCCACGAUCAAAUACAUUUUGUUUUUUUUCAACUUUGCGUUCGCUCUUUCCGGACUAGCACUGUUGGCCUUGGGUUUGUUUACCCGGUAUUAUUCAACAAAAACUGAAGAGCUGGCCAAUAAAGCAUCCGGAGAUGCAGCUGGUCUCGCGGCUUUGGCAUUCAUCAUCAUUGGCGGCGCUGUGUUUAUUGUAUCGUUCUUUGGCUGUUGCGGAGCUAUCCGGGAAAGUCAUUGCAUGAUUACAAUGUAUGCAAUGUUCCUGUUGGCGUUCUUCCUGUUGGAAGUAGCUAUUGGAGUUUUCUUGUACGUGAACCGGGGACAAGUGGAAUCGAUCACUCGAAAAUCUUUAACUACAGUUUUUGAUGAUUAUUCAAAUAAAACGGAAUCACGCGCUUUUGUUGAUGAAAUACAAUCUGACUUCCACUGUUGUGGUGUAGACGGACCAAACUACUGGACUGAACGUAACGCGGCUGCUAUACCCCACACUUGUUGCCUCAAUGAUGGCGGUCAAGGAACGACAUGCUCUAAGGCCCAGGCGUGGCAGGAUGGUUGUCUGCAAAAGUCUAUUGACUUGGUUAAGGACAAGUCAGGCAUGCUGUUCAAGAUCAUUAUGGUUAUCGCAGGUGGAGAGUUGAUCGGUAUUAUUUUCGCGCUGUGUCUGGCUAGCAGCAUACGGAAUGAAGAACGUCGACAAGGAUACGCUUAAAAAAUGUGGCAGCGAAAUAUGAUACAUAAUUAUACAAAUUAGUAUACAUUUUUGUCAUUCUCUAUCGAAGAAAACUAUUCCCUUUUCUUAACAUAUUAUAAGCCUUUUUGUUGUCCUGAUUCGAAACCAUCCAACGAACCAAAAUCAUGAUAAUAAUUUUAAAAUUUAUUUUUUCGUGUCACAAUAUAAUACAUAAACACUCACAAGCACACACACACA